CGAGGCCGGGCUCAGGCGGCGGGGUCGUGGGCCCGCGGGGAGCGCGGGCGCCGGGCGAACAGGCCGCAUCGCGCUCACCAUGGUCAGCUGCUGGGACACCGCGGUCCUGCUGUGCGCACUGCUCGGGGGGCUGGUUCUCGCAGGAUCUAGUUCAGCUUUAAAAUUAAAAGGUCCUGAACUGAAUCUCAAAGGCACCCAGCACGUCAUGCAGGCGGGCCAGACGCUGUUUCUCAAGUGCAGGGGGAAUGCAGCCCUUUCGUGGUCUGUGCCAGACCUGGUGAGUACGGAAAGCAAAAAGCUGAGCAUCGCCGAGUCAGCCUGUGGGAAGAAUGGCCAACAGUUCUGCAGCACUUUGACCUUGAACGCAGCUCAGGCAAACCACACUGGGUUCUAUAGCUGCAAAUACUUAUCAAAACUUGCUUCAAAGAAGACGGGAACAGAGUCCAAGAUCUAUAUAUUUAUUAGUGAUACAGGUAGACCUUUCGUAGAGAUGCACAGUGACAUACCUGACAUCAUCAACAUGACGGAAGGACAGGAGAUCGUCAUUCCCUGCCGGGUCACCUCACCCAAUAUCACCGUGACUUUAACAAAGUUUCCACCUGAUACUCUGAUCCCUGAUGGGAAAAGAAUAAUCUGGGACAGUAGGAAGGGUUUUAUAAUCUCCAAUGCAACAUACAAAGAAAUAGGGCUUCUGAUCUGUGAAACGAGAGUCAACGGACGUUUGUAUCAGACAAGCUAUCUAACAUACCGGCAGAGCAAUAUAAUCAAAGAUGUCCAAAUCAGCACACCAAGUCCAGUCAAAUUAUUUAGAGGCCGUACUCUCACCCUCAACUGUACUGCUACCACUGCCUUAAACACGAGAGUUCAGAUAACCUGGAGUUACCCUGGUGACAUAAAUAACAGAGCUUCCAUAAUUCCACGGAUUGGCAAAAGCAAUUCGCUUGGCAAUGUAUUCUACAGUGUUCUUAUUAUUGACAAAGUGCAGAACAAAGACAAAGGACUUUAUACUUGUCAUGUAAAGAGUGGACCAUCAUACCAAUCGGCUAACAUCUCGGUGCAUGUAUAUGAUAAAGCGUUCAUCACUGUGAAACAUCGAAAACAGCAGGUGCUUGAAACUGUAGCCGGCAAGCGCUCUUACCGGCUGUCCAUGAAAGUGAAGGCGUUUCCCUCGCCAGAAGUUGUAUGGUUAAAAGACGGGUUGCCUGCCACAGAGAAAUCGGCCCGCUAUCUGGUCCAUGGCUAUUCAUUGAUAAUCAAAGAUGUGACAGCAGAGGACGCAGGAGAUUAUACCAUCAUGCUGGGCAUAAAGCAGUCCAGACUGUUUAAAAAUCUCACCACCACUCUAACUGUAAAUGUGAAGCCCCAGAUUUAUGAAAAGGCCUUGUCAUCGUUUCCAGACCUGACUCUCUACCCCCUGGGCAGCAGACAGAUCCUGACUUGCACGAUUUAUGGUGUCCCACAGCCUACGAUCAAGUGGUUCUGGCAGCCCUGUCACCAUAAUCGCUCCAGUGCAAGGUCUGACUUUUGUUCCAGUAAUGAAGAGUCCUUUAUCCUGACUCCUGACAGCAAUAUGGGAAACAGAAUUGAAAGCAUCACUCAGCGCACGGCAAUAAUCGAAGGAAAGAAUAAGACUGCUAGCACCUUGAUUGUGGCUGACUCUAGAAUUUCUGGCAUCUACAGUUGCAAGGCUUCCAAUAAAGUAGGGACUGUGGAAAGAAACAUCAACUUUUAUAUCACAGAUGUGCCGAAUGGAUUCCAUGUUCACUUGGAAAAGAUGCCCACGGAAGGAGAGGACCUGAAACUGUCUUGCACAGUUAACAAGUUCUUAUACCGCAACAUUACUUGGAUUCUGCUGCGGACAGCGAAUAACCGAACAAUGCACCACAGCAUUAGCAAGCAAAAAAUGGCGGCCGUCAAAGAGUACUCCGUGUCUCUGAAUCUGGUCAUCAAGAAUGUUUCCCUGGAAGACUCAGGCACCUAUGCCUGCAGAGCCAGAAACGUAUACACAGGGGAAGAAAUUCUUCAGAAGAAAGAAGUGAUAAUCAGAGAUCAAGAAGCACCAUACCUCCUGCGAAACCUCAGUGACCAAACAGUGGCCAUCAGCAACUCCACCAUUCUAGACUGUCACGCAAAAGGUGUACCAGAGCCUCAGAUCACCUGGUUUAAAAACAAUCACAAAAUACAACAAGAGCCUGGAAUUAUUUUAGGACCAGGAAGCAGCACGCUGUUUAUUGAAAGAGUCACAGAAAAGGAUGAAGGCGUCUAUCACUGCAAAGCCACCAACCAGAAGGGUUCCGUGGAAAGUUCAGCAUACCUCACUGUUCAAGGAACCUCGGACAAGUCUAAUCUGGAGCUGAUCACUCUGACAUGUACCUGUGUGGCAGCAACCCUCUUCUGGCUCCUGUUAACUCUCUUUAUCCGAAAGCUGAAAAGGUCUUCUUCUGAAAUAAAGACUGACUACUUAUCCAUUAUAAUGGAUCCAGAUGAAGUUCCCCUGGAUGAACAGUGUGAACGGCUCCCUUAUGACGCCAGCAAGUGGGAGUUUGCCCGAGAGAGACUUAAACUGGGCAAAUCACUUGGACGAGGGGCUUUUGGGAAAGUGGUCCAAGCAUCUGCAUUUGGCAUUAAGAAAUCACCAACUUGCCGGACGGUGGCUGUAAAAAUGCUGAAAGAGGGGGCCACGGCCAGCGAGUACAAAGCUCUGAUGACUGAGCUCAAGAUCUUGACCCACAUUGGCCACCAUCUGAACGUGGUCAACCUGCUGGGAGCCUGCACCAAGCAAGGAGGGCCUCUGAUGGUGAUCGUUGAAUACUGCAAGUAUGGAAAUCUGUCCAACUACCUCAAGAGCAAACGGGACUUGUUCUUUCUAAACAAGGACGCGGCACUACACGUGGAGUCUAAGAAUGAAAAACUGGAGCCGGACCUGGAACAAGACACGAAACCAAGACUAGACAGUGUUACCAGCAGUGAGAGCUUCGCCAGCUCUGGGUUUCAGGAAGAUAAAAGCCUGAGUGAUGUUGAGGAAGAGGAGGAUUCUGACGGCUUCUACAAGCAGCCCAUCACUAUGGAAGAUCUGAUUUCUUACAGUUUUCAAGUAGCCAGAGGCAUGGAGUUUUUGUCUUCCAGAAAGUGCAUUCAUCGGGACCUGGCGGCGCGCAAUAUCCUUUUAUCUGAGAACAAUGUGGUGAAGAUCUGCGACUUUGGCCUUGCCCGGGAUAUUUAUAAGAACCCCGAUUAUGUGAGAAAAGGAGAUACUCGGCUUCCUCUGAAAUGGAUGGCUCCAGAAUCUAUCUUUGACAAAAUCUACAGCACCAAGAGCGACGUGUGGUCUUAUGGAGUACUGCUGUGGGAGAUCUUCUCUUUAGGUGGGUCUCCGUACCCAGGAGUGCAAAUGGAUGAGGAUUUCUGCAGCCGCCUGAAGGAAGGCAUGAGGAUGCGGACCCCCGAAUACGCAACUCCUGAAAUCUAUCAGCUCAUGUUGGACUGCUGGCACAAAGACCCAAAAGAAAGGCCAAGAUUUGCAGAACUUGUGGAAAAACUAGGCGAUCUGCUUCAAGCAAAUGUACAACAGGAUGGGAAGGACUAUAUCCCACUCAAUACCAUCCUGACAGGAAGUAGUGGGUUUACAUACUCUACUCCUGCCUUCUCUGAGGACUUCUUCAAGGAAGACAUUUCUGCUCCCAAGUUUAAUUCAGGAAGCUCUGAUGAUGUCAGAUAUGUAAAUGCUUUCAAAUUCAUGAGCCUGGAAAGAAUCAAAACCUUUGAAGAACUUUCACCGCAUGGCAUCUCCAUGCUUAAUGAUUACCGGAUGGACAGUAGCACUCUGCUGGUCUCUCCAGUGCUGAAGCGCUUCACCUGGACUGAGAGCAAGCCCAAGGCCUCCCUGAAGAUUGACUUAAGAGUGACCAGUAAAAGUAAGGAGUCGGGGCUUUCCGACCUCACCAGGCCUGGUUUCUGCCACCCUAGCUGUGGGCACAUCAACAAGGGCAGCCGCAGAUUCACAUACGACAACUCGGAGCUGGAAAGGAAGAUCUCCUGCUGCUCUCCGCCCCCAGACUACAACUCAGUGGUCUUGUACUCCACCCCACCUGUCUAAAAGUUGACACAAAGCCUUGUUUCUAGAAGCACACGUGUAUUUAUAGCCCCAGAAAACUAGCUUUUGACAGUAUUAUGCAUAUAUAAGUUUACACCGUUACCUUUCCACAGGAAAAGCCAGCUGCUUUUUUGUGAUUUUUAAUAGUGCUUUUUUUUUUCUUUGACUAACAAGAAUGUAACCCCAGAUAGAGAAAUAGUGACAAGUGAACAGCGUUACUGUUAAAUCCACAUAUUAUGCAAUGUGUUACAGAAAUUCUUUCUAAGCCCAAUGACUGCCUGUGCCAGCCCCCAAGACCUCAGGGCACAGAGGACUUUGGAUGAUCCAGGAAAUACACUGACCGAGCCAUGCAGCGUGGAUGCUACUGGCCAGCCCCUCAAGCUCUAGAACUAGGGGACACCCAGCCCUGUAGCCGCAGGGAUCACGAGCUGGUCUAAGCAGUGCCCCUGGGGCCUCCAGCAGGCGUAAGCAUAUAAGGGGGCAAAGGGAAAAAGGAAGGAGCUGCAGAAAAGAGAAGGCACCAGAAAGAAUCUGAGAUACACCACACAGGAAGGGCGUGGGGGAAGGCUCUCAACAGUGCCACUUCAGUGGGUCAGAGGGAUGAGGGGGCAUUUUCUGGAUUCUGGGAGGGAAGACAGGGACAGACAUAUUCUUUGGAACUGCAAAGCCAAUUUGAAAACAUUACCUGUGGGACUGGGUCUCUGCUCAUUCCCACAGGUGGCAAGUUUUGGAUUUCUAGCACUAAGGGUGGCCCGUACUGCUGAGUCCUUGAACAAGAUACACUGAAAAUUCAAGAUAAGCACAGCUCUCUUGGCUCCUUGCCGUGAUGGCCUUAUACUUAGCACAUUGCUUAUAGUAAGCUAACUGCAACGAGUUUGGUCUGUUAGGGUUAUCUACUGCUGGGCGCAAAGCCCUUUUUUUUUUUUUAAUGUCAGAUUCUAUUUACAGUAUUAAGACACUUAACUCAAUUUUUUGUAUCAUCCCAUUUUGUACAAGUUACUUAUAAAAGUACUGAAGAGAGUGGAAAUGCAGUCUUGGGAAGGGCUUUCUCUGUACCCAAACUAGGAAGGAUGGAAUAAAAGAAUGAAGUACAGCACAAACCCCGUCUCUACCCCAGCCAAACCAACUCACCUGAACCAUUGUGACCCAAAGCGUAGGAAGUCAGUCGUGUUGCCCUUUAACCAGGAUUCCACUAACUCUUGCCGAUCUCCUGGAAGAAUGUGGGAGAGCAGGAACCAAUGUUUAUUAAGCACUUUAUGCUCCUUGAGGAAAAGAAGGUGAUAUGUAAAUUAUGUGAGAUAUCUUUAGAAAUGGGAUUCAGGAUAUUAAUUAGAGCCAUCAGAGGAGAAAACCCCAUUUUCAUCUGCUUUGGAUGUUGCUGAGGAGGAUAGGAAUAGGGAGACAGGGUAGAAAAGGUGAUUUUCAGGGUCCGAAGAUCCGAUGGGCCCUGGAUCUCUAACCUAGCUGUUUAAUAUUUAUGCAGAUCACGUUCUGUGUAGUUAGAAUGUGAGCACCUUCUGCAGCCAGUCAGGAGCUGGACAGGCAACAGGGAACUGCCGCUUCCGGGAGAGGAGAGUACACCACCUUUUGCGCAUGCCACAGCUCUACAGCCUGAAUGGAAAAGGACUUCAUGCUUCCUUCCCUUUGCAUCACAUUCUUGUUUGAAGGUUCUUUGUGUAAAGAGAUGGGAGUCAAAGCAUGACCUGGUCAGGACACUGGCAAGUGAGACAGUGGGCACCCCAGGGAUGGCUCUGCUGGGGGAGGCCUCUGCACCACAGACUAAAUGCAAACAAAAGCAGGCAAGGGCCAGAAGAGGAGGAAAGCUUUGCUCUUCCUCUUCUUUACAAACACAAAAAGCACUCAGGACAACUGGUGAUAAGUAAAUUUCAAGUAACCAAGAGGCUAACCAUAGGGAAAAUAGGACUCUAGUUCAUUCUCUAAGUUUUUUUGUUUGUUUGUUUUUGUUUUUUGUCAAAUCAGUUAAGGACCCAACAAUUAGUGAUACAAAGAAAAACCUUAACUACAUGUAUGAUGUCUUGAUUUCAGUAAUUUAAUUCUUAAUCAUUAAGAGACCUUAGUAAUACCAUUUUGCCCAAAGACUAAAAACAAAAUAUUAGAACUAUGUUAAUUCAUACUUCUUCAAAGAUGCAGGUUUGUUGCUGACAUGACUCCAUCCAUCAAAAAUGGUUCCAUCUGGAGUCUUGACAUAGAAAGAAAAAUGGAAGCUUGAAGUAAUGAGUGUAUCUAGUUGCAAAGUGCUUACAACAGACUGGUUCAUUAAAACAGUACUAAAAAUUCAAACACAAUUGACUGAUGGUAUUAUUAGAACCAUUUGUCAUUUAUGACAAAAAUUGUUGGCACUAAAGAGCAAACAUUUCAUUUCAGGAUUCUUGAGAUGAUGUGUAAACACCAGGGAAGGGAACUAAAACCAUAUACAGGUCUUUAUCUGUUCAUCCCAGAAGCGAUGCACAGACCCUAUUUGUGAAAAUGGCAUGGUGGGGCAUCUGACCUCCUCUAAUUUCACAAGAGGGAAGGAGAAUCAAGGUUAAUAGCCCAAGGCUGAUUCCUGUGAGGUGAGGGUCAGACAUACCUCCACUCUCCAACCUUUUUACUAUUUCUGACACCAGCCAUCCCUCCCACGGCACUCUCUACUUCUCUGCUGGGUUUGAUAAUUUGUUGCAAUGGCCACCCAGAACUCACAGUUACGGGGUUUAUUAGUGAAGUAACAGGUUAUAAUUCAGGAUCAGGACAGCCUUUUCUCAGCCAUGCCUGCAGGCAGCCCUCUAUCUGGCUCUCAGCCCCUCAGCCCGGCCUCUGCCCUGCUUGGGCAAGUGUUACAAAGCUCUUUAGCUCCACCAAUAAGUGCCCAGAGGCACCCUACUCUGUCAGCAAGCCUCUUGCCCAAAGGCACUGAGCUCUCUCGCGUGGUGGGCUGGGCAGCCCACCACGCCAUCUCCUUCCAGUCUCCUGGUUCUGCUUCUGCUCGUUCUUUACCGCCCUUGCUGCUGCUUCUCGCUGUCUUGCUCUGCCUUCGCUGUUAAAGCUCUCUGCGCCCUAGGUCUAGGAGGCUCUGAGCACAGGGACCCUGGGUCCAAAGGAUGCAUUCCACUUCUGGCUCUUCUUUCUUAGUGUAGUGAGGUCCCCGCUUUCUGCAUCUGGCACGGCUCAUUUUAAGCCUAGCGGGAUGGCAGAACUGACCAAUCCCCUUGUUCAGGUUCCGUAUACUUUAUGUGCAUGGUCCCAUCUCCACAAGGGUGCCAUGCACUUUUUUUGUAUGAUUAGCAAGCUGUCCAAUCCCCUUGGUGGGCCACAAGCACCUUAUUUGCAUAGUCCCACCUAUGAUGGGAGUUACAAGACCAUGGCUAGAAAGGCCAUAUAAAAGUGACCCAUUGCACCGCACUAGUAUUAGCCUGUGGGACAAAUUUGCCCAAAUCCUAAAAAAUGUUGCUUGAGUCUUCUAGCUAUGUCUUUUUUUCCCAGACCAUAAGAAUGUCAAACUUGAAACAGAUACUUUCCAACCCCAUUUAAAUGGAUUGAAAGAGGAGUAUGUCUUUGAAUGACAGUGGUAGCAACUAUAUGUAUAUGUAUGUGUAUAUAUAAAAGUGUGUGUGUAUGUCCUGUGCAUAACUAUUUAAGGAAACUGGAAUUUUAAAGUUACUUUUAUAAAAGCCAAGAAUAUAUGCUGCAGAUAUGAGACAUGAUUUGGUCCUAUAUUUCUAGUCAUUAUGAAUGUAUUUUGUAUAACAUCUUCAUAUAAUAAAAUUAA